CAGUUGCGCGGACGAGACCGAGAGCACAUGAUGGUGUUUGUUUAGGAGCAAGUUUCGGUGCGAGAGGAGUGUAUUUAAACCACGUUCUGCAGAAGCUCGGCGUCCAACAAUCGCUUCCACUUCCACUCCAUUCUUCAUCCUCCACCCACAGCCCACUGCCACCAUCACGCCACUACCCUAGCCCACAGAGCAAGAGAUCCUCAAUAAAACAUCGUCCUCGUCGACUCUUACAUCGUACCAACCCCCAAAAUGGACCCCAGCAAGCAAGAGGCCAAGAUCCUGCCCGUGCCCGACGCGGACAAGAGCAACAACAAGGGCUCCUCGGCCCUGUCCGACAAAGUCAAGUCGGCUUUCCAGCCCCACAACGCCCACCCCGGCCCUGCGCAGCCCAAGAACUUUGAUGCUCCCGAGGAGGGCACCAAGGAGGAGAGGCGGGCCAAGGCCCAGGAGCUGAACAAGGAGACUUGAGGUCUUCCUGAACUUGACAACCUAAGCUUGAAGAGAUAGCAUCAUAAUCUACUGCGUAAUUCCCACGAUG